GCUGGGAGUUGUAGUUUUGCAACAUCUGGAGGUCUGCAGGUUGGAGACCACUGGUGUACAGUAUAGAGUCCCAGUGCCCGGCGGCCCCCAACAAAGAGGAGGAGGGCAGUGCUUGACAUAUGCUUCAGAGCUGUAAUCUGCCAGCAUUCCUUGUGGGCUCGGUGUCUGGAAAGAGAUCUAAUGAUUUACACAGUGAAGUAUAGUCAUCCAUCCCUCUGCAUCACAGGAGCUCAGCAAAGAAGUGUCUGGACAGACUUGGUCACUGUCUCUAAUAAUAACCAACAAGAUUUUGAUGGCAAUACAGACCGGCUUACCGCCAGACGACAACUGUAGAUUUAUGGACCGGAGUUGCUCGAGGCUUUCCAUCUCCUGUUAUCCACUUCUUGGCUAAUGAGGUCCGUGGGCUCUCCUGGCUCUUCUCCCCACUGCAGACAUGCUUCUGACUGGAAUGGAUGCCCUGAUCAGCAGGAACCUAUGAAGGGUGCUGUAGCUCUGGAACAAUUAAGUGCAGCAACUGGAAUUUCUUUAGGCCUGUCCUCAUGUGUUAAGGUUUCUGUAGACAUACCAGCUGUCAAGAUGGCGGACGGCAAUUUUGAUCCCUGUGAAUGCAUUUGCUCGCAUGACUAUGCAAUGCGAAGACUGAUUAAUUUGCUAAGGCAAUCUCAGUCUUACUGCACUGACUCAGAAUGCUUACAAGAAUUACCAGGACCCAAUCCUUCUAGUGAUGGUGGAAUUAGUAUUGCAAUGAUCGCCAUGGCCUGGAUUGUCAUCGGUUUGACCUUAUACCUUCUGAGACCCAGGAGUCUCCGAGGAUCAAGAGCUACUGGGAAACCCACGACUCCGCAUAAUGAUCACAACCAUGAACCUCCAGCACCACCAGUAGACUAGCGCCUCCAGGAGUUUCCAUACAAGACUUGCACGACCAAAUGAAUCCAGAAUGGCCAGACUACUCUGAAGUGGACGAUUCUUCCUUCUUUCCUUUCUACUAAUGCCAACAACCAUAUCGGUAUCGGGCAUUCCAUAUUCUAAGAUAAAUGGCAGGUCUACAAUGUUUGGAGCACGUUGUCUUGUUCCAGAUCUCUUGGCAGUACAGUAGUUCUCUUCUUGUAAAUGUAGACCGAAUGCAACACUGUAAACUUUCUUUACUAAUAUAUCCUUUGUCUGGACUUUCCAGCCUUAAUAGAACUCUUCAGAUACAUUAGGUGUUUUCUUUCCUAGCACCUAUAUGUUAGUCUACUGUCUUGUGAAUCCAUCGUCUCAAUGAAUUCCCAUAUACAUUUCCUGAAGGACCAUAACAUUUGAUUGUCAUAAUGGCAGUAUGACUCGGGAGAUUUUUAUGAAGAUGUAUAGUCCUGCUUCUAGCACCUGCUAUUAUAGAAAUGCUUUUGUUUUUUUUUUUACACCCUAUUUGGGUGACUUUGCAAAAACGAAGUGAUUGUAAUAUUUCUGCCUAUACACUGUUUGCUGAAGUGCCAAUGUAUUGUAUACUGUCAAGUGUGGAGGUUCUACAACCCUCUAGGCAUAUCUCAAUGUGAGAAUGCAUGAAGAUGCCUUAAGAUGUGUUUGUGCCCUUAGGGUGCCAACGUGGCAUUACCAAGACAGUGAAACUGAAGGAACGAAAUGGUAAAUGUGAUUACCAUGACCAGAUAUUUUAUUAUAUACAGUUAUUGUAUACGACCAUUUUUAAGAGGUCUCCCGAACACACUGAGGUUAGACAGCAAUGACCUGCAACCCCAGCAUGCAGCAGUAGAUUAAUAUUGACAUCCCAGCAAGAAAUGCCAAGCCCUUAAAGGGGUACUCUGGUGGAAAACUUUUUAUUUUUUCUAAAUCAACUGGUGCCAGAAAGUUUAACAGAUU